AUGAAGAAGAGUUCUGGUACAUCUCAAAAGCUAGGUUCUUUUCUAAGUCCAAGAGAGAAGAACAUUGAGAAUCAAAAGAGUUGGAAUUCAGAGAGAGUUUUGUUGCAACCAACAACAAGUAACAGCAGCAACAGAAAACAAGGCUUUGUUGCUGGUUUUUCACCUUUCAACAGUGGAAGAACGGUACCUUCUAAAUGGGAUGAUGCAGAAAGAUGGAUUUGUAGUCCAGUUUCAGUUUCAGGUUCAGGUUCAGGUUCGGGCUAUGUGCAACAUCAGAGAGGAACCAAAUCAAAAAGUGGUCCUAUUUUGCCUCAAGGAACUGCUUAUUACUCAAACUAUUCGCCUGCAAUUCCGCUGCGGAAUGGUUUGGUGGUGAAAAACUUGAUGAUGAAUUCUCCUUUUACAACGGGAGUGUUGGCACCAGAUGUUGUUUCUGUUCAUCAUUAUUAUGGACAUGACAAUUCGUAUGCUCCGCAUUAUGAUGUUGAAGAUAGUAGUAGUUCAGUGGUUAAUGAGAAUGGUUUUGAUGUUUCGUCUGGAAUGAAUGCGCCUUCGUGGUCAGAACUGCUUUCUGACCCGUCUUCGCCUAAUUCUCAUGAUGAGAAAUGUGAUGGAAGUAAGAAUGAUGGAACUGUGAUGUCUCCUAUGACAAAGAUUGAUAGAGGAACCCAAAUGAGUUCUCCAGAAACUGAAAAUGAGGAUCAUUCAUCUCCGAAAUCUUCUUCCCCGAUUUUGGCCAUGGAUCAAAAAAGUUGUGAUUCAGAAAAGUUAGAGAUCAGAGAUGUUCAGGUAGACUGUCAGGCUAAUGUUAUGAAGGGGUCUAAGAGUUAUGCAUCGAAGCUAAGCGCUACAGAAGGCAAAGUUUCAGGUUUGGAUAUUGCAGAGUCAAGUUUGGACACUUCCAGUUCCAAGUUUGAGAGAGAUGAAGCUAAAAUUGUUGCGUGGGAAAGCUUGCAGAAAGCAAAGGCUGAAGCUGCAAUACAAAAACUUGAGAUGAAAUUGGAAAAGAAGAAAUCUUCAUCAAUGGAUAAGAUUCUAAACAAGCUGAGAAGGGCUCAGAUAAAAGCUGAAAAGAUGAGAAGCUUAACACCAGAUCAACAGGAACGGCAUGUUUCCAAGACUUGGAAAGCAUUUCCAUCAGCAAAAUAUGGAUGGUUUCCAAACAGCUGCUUCACCAGCCAAGCUCUGUGA